UCGGCUCGUGCGCGGACUGAACCCACUUGUGCUGAAUCAUCACGGUACGGUUCGGAGCCGCACGUGCCCCCCUCCGAGCCCGGCUCGUUCGCGCGAGGGAGCAAGUGUGCGAGACAAAGACAACAGAAGCCGGAAUGUGUCGGAAUUAGUGGUGUUGACAGUAAAUCGGCUUUUUGUGCCUCCGCCAGGACGAGCGAAGCCCUUGUUCCUCCGAGGAAACGCUCUCUAGUUCGGGAAAGCGGGAAUAAAUGAGAGCUUUGUCCGUGUAGCACCGUCAGCUGUCGGAGGUGCUGAAGCGCUUUGGCUGUUGUUGCUUCGCAGGUCUGUUCAGAAGAGCGAGGCUCUUGUGGCAUGACGACGACUAACAAAGGGAAUAAAGCCUUGAAGGUGAAGCGAGAGCCGGGGGAGAAUGGCACCAGCCUGACAGAUGAGGAGCUGGUGACCAUGUCAGUGCGGGAGCUGAACCAGCACCUAAGAGGGCUCUCCAAAGAUGAAAUCAUACAGCUGAAGCAGCGGCGGCGAACCCUGAAGAAUCGAGGCUAUGCUGCCAGCUGCAGGGUAAAGCGAGUCACCCAGAAGGAGGAGCUGGAGAAGCAGAAGGCGCUGCUGCAGCAGGAGGUGGACAAGUUGGCCAAUGAGAAUGCUUCCAUGCGCAUCGAGCUGGACGCACUGAGGUCCAAGUAUGAAGCGCUACAGACCUUUGCGAGGACUGUGGCACGAAGUCCUCAGGUGGGGGUCGGGGUACGGGCCGGCGGCGGCGGGGGAGGCAUACCGUCUUCUGUCAUCGGUCCACUUAUACCAGGGAAGGUGGCCACGGCAACAAGCGUGAUCACGAUAGUGAAGUCAAAAACGGAUGCACGGUCUUGAAGGACGCAGGAGAGAGGUCACCGGUGGAGCUUUGACUGACUUCAAAAAGUGGGCGGUUUUUAUCAGAGCGGAAAGGGAAAUACUUUGUUGAGGUAAUAAUGUGGCCGGUGGACACAGGAUUCCUACAGUCACUGAAAUCAGCUUGAAACGUGUAACUAUCCAUUCGCUCCAAGGUUCACCGCGCCGUUUUACACCAUUUUUCUUAUCAGCAUUUGUGUUUCCUGUGCUUCUCUGGCUAACCAGAACCAGCAUUGGAGCUUCCCUCAGCUCAAAGUGACCGACAGGUUUCCAGUGAUGUCCAGUGGUUGUACCUCCUGUCUAGCGCCACCUAGCCACAAGUUACCCUUAGAAAAGUAUGACAGACAAUGUCUCCUCCACAAAAAUGUAUUUCUACUGUGAUGUGUUGUCAUUCACAUGAGGUCCACAGUGUAUUUUCUGUGUGUGAAUAGUUGUAUAUCAGGAAUUCUGUGAAAUUCUGUGACAAGUGUUCUAUUUGGUAUCGAUAUAUUUGAUUAGCUGUAUUUUUUUCUAUGUCUGUGUCCAACCCCCUCUGUGAUAUUUCUAUCUGUGUAAGUGAUUUCAAUUGGCUUCUAUGGUCCGAGGAGCUACAGUGUUGCAAAGUAAUUCAGUGAAGGGUCUAAAGUAAAUACCUGACUGAACUGAACAUUUCUGACCUCAGCUCAUUCUGUGAGUAUUUUCAGGGAAAGCUUCAUUAGGUCGUGGAAGGAAGAGGUGCUGGGGCAGAAAACGGUCAUCUUUAUGAAGCGUAGCAGAGGUGCGCGCAGCAGUUAGGAAUGCUCAAGGGUUAAUUUGCAAAUACACACAUGCUCAGUGAGAUGCGUCAUGCAUUCAAGCCAGAAUGUUGUGUACUCACUGUUGGAUUACCUAUUGACACACAUAUAUGUGUAGCAGUUUUUAAGAAGCAUCUGAUAAAUGAACCUGGAAACUGAUUUAGAAAAUGGUGUUUUGGAUAAAUUCAGUCAUACAACAUGCUCUUCCCCCCCUUUCAUGUCAUGGCUCCGGUACUGUAAACACUUAUUUAGCGACAGUGUAGCGGAGUGAAAACGCAACACGUGUUACUAUGUGUUCUUUUAAUAUAUCCCCAAUUUUAAUAAUCAAAUCCGCACUAAUGGAAAAAUGAGCAGCAACUAUAGACAGCAAUAUUGAUCAACUGAUAUUAAUAUGCAUUUCAAAUUUUUACUUUCAAACAUUUUUCAAAAUCUCCAGGCACAUUUGUCAUAAGCUUUAUGAUAAAUAGAAGUCAUGUUGUUACAUACACAAAGAGUCUUUAUCUACGUAGUCUGGAGUUUUAUAAAGAUGAAUAUCUUUGCAUUGUUUUUAAUGACCUGUAAAAAUCCUUAUGAAUCCGUUUGAUAUACAGUACGUCUCUAUUUUGCAAUUGAACCAAAAGUGGCUUAACUACUAAAUAGCUUUGUCUUUUCCCUUGUGACUAGGCACAUGUGUGUAACUGUGAAUUAGCGUGUGGUGGUUGUGUCGACGUGUGAUGAGAUAUCUAUCUUUCACUGUUUAUUUGCUCUGACUUCCAACCUAGACUCUGUUUUAGUAACCGUAUGCCAGUCAGAAAUACUUUUACUGCGGCAUAAUCAGUCCGUCUGCAGCUCUGUUUAAGAUUAAUGUGUAUUUAUGAUUUUAAUAAAACCAUCCACGGAAGGCUCAUACUUCCUAUUAGACCUGUCUGGUGUCAAUAUGGUCUUUGCAGUGUUGUAAAUGGUUCACGUUAUAUAGUCACAAAAAAAUGUUACUGAAAAAAAACUACUGCUUUUCAUAAGAAUGUGUGAUAAAAUACCUUUUUUGUUGCUGUAUGCAUUUUUAUUUCUGUAUUUAAUGUAUUUGUUUCAUCAAUGUGCAGGUGUCAGGAAAGAUGAUCAGUUGUAUUUAUGUUUACAAAGAUAAAAGUAAGCCUAGUCGUCAUGCUUGUCCAAAUGUGAAGAAAAAAGUAACUUUUUAAAUAAACUGCAAUUUAAACGUACUGUUUGUGCAGCAACAGUGGUAAUGACAUUUUAUGUUGCGUGAACGCCAGCCCAUUAUCAAGAGAAAGAUUAUGUCCAAAAUCAGUUGAACAGUAAAUGUGUAGUUUAAAACCAAAAACAAUCUAUUUAUUUUUUGUUAUUUUCUUUAUAUUUUCUUGUGUGUUUGUAUCGCGUUGAAUUUGAGCUACCAUGUUUUGUUCGCCUUAUCUAUUUAUUCUUUACCUUCUGGAUAUUGUGUAAACCUGAUGUUUGCUGCUGUUAGCUAUUGAUUUCAUAAAAGGCAAUAGUCAUUUGUAUAAAGUUGUGCAGGUAGCGUGUUAUGUGAUUCAGCUGAAGAUGGCUUUAUGUUAUGUUUUAUGUAUAUUGUGAUUUGCGUUUUUGUCACCAACAUCACCUUGUGUUCUGUUUUCUUUUGUGGACUAGUUUUGUGUGAAGAAAUGAGCUGCACUUGGCGUUGAAGAAUAAGACUCAAGGGAUAUUGUUGUAACGUUUGUGUCUUCUUUGUGAAAAUCCAGUGUUGUUGGAGUGUCUCUGGUGAGACGCUGACUUUAUUUUGCUCUGCUCAUACAGAGGUCACCUUUAAAUGGAGAAGUUUCAUUAGGAUUACGGGCAGCAGCGUCUAUAAAAAACAUUUCAUGAUAAUUUACACAAAGGGAAAGUUGAGGAUGCGCAUGAGCUGCGACACCAUUUUUCACCCACCUUGCCCUUUACAGUCUGCUUGCUCUUGUGGAAGGUGGGAAUGAUGAACAGCUUAUGCUGCAUGACCAAUGAGUGUGUUAUUAACUAAAUUUCCCUUCCUCAUCCACCUGCCUCUGAUCAAUAGAAGCAAAUGAUCCACCUGACUUUUUUUUUUAAACAUACCAGUCGAUUACUUCCUAUCCCAAGCUACCUCCUGUAGUGCUCUUUCAUCUAUGUUACGUUGACUUCACAUUGUAGUAUUCGCACUGUCUCAGUUCACAAUGGAAAGCAUGUGAGGGCUGAAAAAAUAUCCUCACAUCGACACAUGAUGACGGUCUAUAGAUUAGUCUGUUUGAUUUUAAUGUGGGUAAUUCCCAUGCGGCCCACCAAACUAAAAAGCUGUGUUUUGUAAUUCUCAGUUUGGACUGUAAUAAAUCCUUGUGUGUUUUCGACAGAAAAACACUUAUAAUGUGACUCUCAUUGUAAGUAUUUAUCUUCUAUUAAAUUAUUGUUUUUCUUUUUCUGCAAUUUGUAGAUACACAGUUAAGUGAUGAUGGCAAGCUAAUGGGAUUCAUGGAGUUUUAUCACCAGUCUGAUGUAUCUUUAAUUUAUUCCUGUAUAUAAUGUAUGUUUGUUAAUAAACAGCUUAUUUUAUUUUGUA